UAGGCCCUAGGGGAGACUACAGUACUAGAUCUAAAUCAGCAGCGAUCCCUAUAAGUCACGUGUCUACUGAUAGCAUGUCUUCCUCAGACCAACAAGAGCCCCAGCCCGUUCGUGCGUUACAAGUCCUUUACUGCCAAAUCUGCACAUUCCCUCCCGAAUACUGUGAAUUUGGCUCCAGCUUGACGAGAUGCAAGGAAUGGCUCCAGGGAGCACACUCUCAGCUUUUUGAGAAGUACUACUCAGAUGAGGCUCUCCAGUCAAAGAUUGGCACCCUCAGCCUGGCAGCACAGGCGAAACUCGAGAAGGAUACAGCGAAAAAGGAGGCAAAGGCUGAGGCGAAGGCGGAUGCUGCGCUUAAGAAAAAGAUGGCAUCGCAAGUGUCGAUUAAACGUAUUGAGCGCAACAAGCGGAAACAUGUUACAGCUAUCCAUGGCCUUGAGGCAUUUGACAUUGACUUGAAGAAAGCUGCUAAGUUCCUUGCUCAGAAGUUCGCCACUGGGGCAUCCGUCACCAAGAACGCCCAGGGACAGGAUGAGAUCGUGGUGCAGGGAGAUGUAUCGGACGACGUUAUGGAGCUUAUUGAAGGUGGAGCUGGUCCAUUAAAGGGUGUGCCUGCGGAGAAUGUUGUGAUCGUCGAAGAGAAGAAGAAGAAAGCUGCAGAGUGAUUAAUAUUGUAUCGGCUGAAGUCCGUGUGGUUGUACUAUUUCUUAGCGAUUGAUAUUCCGAUGAUGAUCCAUUCCAUAUCCUCUAGAUUGUAUAACUCGUUUGUCAUCUUAUUCCAUCACACUUGUGGAAAUUUAUUGUGAGCGAUUUGAUGCUGU